CAACCCGAAUUUGUAUAAUGCAGUCCUCAAAAGUAGAGAAAACAGAAGCCACAUAGUCAAUUUAAGGUGCAAACCGACACUUUCAUGCUGCAAAACCACAUUUAUGCAUUCCAAGGUUUAUGUUUUUAAAGUUCAGAGACUCCGGGAACGGAGCGGGACGAACCCCCAACUAAAGGCGGGCGGGAAGCAGGGGAAAGGGCGGGCCCUGCCACAGGCAGGCGUGGCUCCUCCCCUUUCCCAGGAAUGACUGACAGCAGCAGUAACCAAUGGUGCCGUGGAGAUGGGGCGCGGGCUUCUCCUGACAGCCAAUGGCAGCGGGAGGCUGGAGAGCAGCGGGGGCGGGCAGAGCAGUAACGGCAUUGCCAUGAUGGGCGGCGCCAGCAGCCAAUGAGCGGCGGAGCGGCGUGUGACCAGCCAAUGAGACAGCGCGGGACCCCUCGCACCAUGGGCGAGCCGCGGUACCUGCAGGCCGACUGCGCUUUCCGGCCCGGGGCACACACGGUGCGGGUGACCCUGGCCCGCACUACGUUGCGGGUGGAGGUGGAGGCUCACGGCACCGCCGACCUGUGGAGAGGCGAGUUCGAUGCCACCUUCGUCGAGGACCUGACCCGCAAAACGGGGAAUUUCAAGCAGUUUGGCAUUUUCUGCAGCAUGCUGGAGUCGGCACUGACGCAGAGCAGCGAGUCCGUCAGCCUGGAGCUCCUCACCUACACCGACUUGGAAACCCUGCAUAGCCGGAAAGUGGGGGCAAUCACCCGGCCUCCCCCUUCCUCCUCUUCCCCCCUCAACACCAAGCGCUACCUCAUCCUCAUCUACUCUGUGGAGUUCGAUAGGAUCCAUUACCCACUGCCACUGCCCUAUGCGGGUCGGCCGGACCUUGUGGCACUGGUGCGGGAGCUGCAGGAGCAGCUGGCGCAGCUCCGGGCCCAACGUCUGGAUGAGACCCAGCGCUUGCGGGAUGUGCUGUGGCGGGCACUGGAGGAGAAGCGGGCAGCAGAGGCCCGGCACCAGCGCGAGUACCAGCAGCUGGCUGCAGAGCUGGCCCAGGCAAAAGCGUCGGAGCAGAGGCUGCAGAUGCGGGUGAAGAACCUGACAGCUGAACUGGCCUCCUACAGGAGGGGCCGCCAGAAAUCUGCCAGCCCGGCCCUGCGCCCCCCGGAGCGACGCUCAGCAUCCCUGGAGAGCCACAGGAGCAGCCGGGGCCACCCCUCGCCACGGUCCCUGUCGCCUGCAGGCUCCCGCCCACCACGCUUUGACCCCACUGCCUUUGUCAGGGCCCGGCAGUGCCGGCAGAAGGAAGCUGAGCUCAGAAACCAGCGGCGUGGAGUGGCUUCUGGCAGCACCAGCCCGGCGAGGAGCCACAGGCGCAGCUCAUCGGCCGAAAGCUCCCGGAGCUGGCGCUUGGGAGUGAGCUCUGGCAGCAAAGCCAAUGAGCGCCCCGAGCCCGUGCCCUGCAGGGACAGGAGAGUGACCCGUACACGGAGACCCCUAAGCACCUCAUCCUGCAUGGUGCCUCACCCAGCUGCCAGCCACAAGCUGCCGGCAUGCAGGACUGUUGGCAAGCGCCCUGGUAAAGAGAACCACUCCAAGGAGCCCUCAGCUGAACUGGCUGAGAUCGAUGCCCGGCUGCAGGCUCUGCAGGAGUACAUGGACAGCCUGAACACCCGCAUGUGACCCCCUCCAGGGACACACACCCUCUCCCUGUGCCCUCAGGGGGUGAACAGUGGUGGUGUGGUGCAAGUGUCCCCCCAAAUAAACCCUUGUGAGGCGCCA